AUGGCAUCGAGUGAAGAGCUUAGCGGACUCAAUACAAAUUAUGAUGAACCAAAGAAAGGCUCUCCCUGCUUGACUAUCUAUGAGCUCUAUCAAGUCGAACAGUAUGAAGCACAGGAGUUAUUCGAAUUUGAACAAUAUAUCAAAAUCAUUCGAUUUGCUGAAGCUGUGUGCUCUGGUACUCAUCCUCGAUUUGGCGUUUUCCCUCAAUCUGAAACUGGAGCGCACAUGACGGGCGCGGAAGCUUCUAUGGAGGUGGAUGUUGAGUUUAAAAAUAGUCGCUUUGAAGAGCUCAAAGCCCCGACAGGAUUGAACUUCAUGCCAAAAGCAGACAAAAAGACGAGAGAAAAAGGAUACGCUGAACAGAGUAUAAUCAACGCAGAGGAUUUGCACGGAGCUCGGUAUAUUCAUGAUCCAGUCAUGGACUAUUAUGAGAUGUUAUCGUUGGAUUCAUCUGCCUCGAUUGAGGACAUAAAGAAGGCAUACUCUGAAUUGAGACGGAUCCAUGAUUCAGAGUCCGACGAAGGAAAAACGAAAUGGCGCGGAAAAGAACCGACAAUAUCACAAGAUAUGAAACAAAAUUGGAACAACAUCGAGCGUGCAUUCAUGAUACUAUCGGAUCACGAAAGGAAGUGGAGCUACGAUAUUGAUAGAGAGCUGCGCCUGAAGGGCUUUGAGCGAAAAAAUAAAAAGCCGGACGAGUCGCUAGCACAAAUCCAGUUCGCUGCCUUUCGCGAGGAAGUAGUUCGUUCAAUAGGAGCGCCUCAUUCUGACGACCCCCCCGAGCCAUAUAACGAAGAUUUCUUCAAAAGUGUUACCAAAGGCAUUGUCGUCGAGGAGAAAGACAUAAACUAUGAUAUAAACUAUUAUCAUGAUCUGGGCGCUAAUGACACAAAGAAGAGCUCAUCGUGGAAUGGAGUCAUCAGUAGACAUCAUUUGGGGAGCCUUUUGCGAAGUAUGGGUCAUGACUACAUCCGUAAUCUCAGACAGGCCAAAAAUCAGAAGGCUAUGGACAAGGUGCGCUCCGAAUGGAACCAGAAGCUAAUCUCUUACAUGAUACUGAAGGAUGAGAAACUUCGUCGGAAAUACAAUGAGCACAAUCACAGCUAUAAGUUCUACGAACAUUUGCAAAAAGAACAUGACUCCAAGGAGCUUGAAAGAGUGCACAACUCACUAGUUCUAGUAUCAGAGAAGAUAGAGCUUCGUGGCAAGAGUUUUAGCUUUCAGCAAGCGACUACAGGUUAUUCCUUCCGAAAACUAUCCACAGAGACGAAUGAUGUUUUUAUGAAGGGUGUUUCGGAUGAUGGAGCUAGUGCUUCUGAUACGCUGACCAGAGUGGAACAAAAUACAGAGAUAGAUUACUCAGUGGCUAUUACAUCUUCUGAAAAGCUCGGCGAUCGUGUUCAAGUAAAUCCCCAUACUAUCACUGACCGUCUUCCCAAAUUAAUGUCUCAAGCCUUUUCCAUUAGUAAAGUCCCGCUUCAAAAUAAACUUAUUAAUCAAAACGCCGAAUUAUUGACUGGCUCACUCAAAUCUUCUACACUGCAACGUAAAUUGUUACAGACUCGGGAAAUUCAAGCACAACGUGUAGUUCAAGAAAAGAAAGCUCCAUCGAAACUUUCAGUUCAAGCAACGGAGCGAAGUGCCAAAUUUUCGAAGGAAGCUCGAACCCAACAUCCAGCUGUUCAAGAUCAAGUGCCCAAAAUUCUACCUGAUCAACAGGCUUUCGUCCAAAAGCAACUUAAUGCGCAACGAGCCGCUGUACAAAGUGCGGCUUUGCAUCGUGCAGAAAUUCAAAGAUCCUUGGGUUUAGACAGAGCUCCUCCAACCGGUCCUCGAAUUCCGUUAGGUAUGGCUCCCCGCUUGAUGAUAAGUUCAUUUGCACACAGCUUGAACUCCACUUCGCCGUCGAAGUCAUGCACACAACUUGGGUUGAAGAUAAUUCCUCCUCCCAUGAUCAAUAAAUUUGCUGAGAUCACGGGGUCUACAUUACAGCUGUCGAAAGGCAGCAAGCAGGGCCCAGCGAAAAAGAAGCGAAGGGUCCGGGAUAAAGAGUCUGAUGGAAAGAAAGAGAUAAGAAACGUGGGUAAUCGAGAUGGCAGUGGAAGCGGUGUUGAUGUAACAUUGCAGGAUAGAGGGAGGGUGAAAGAAGACCGAGGGGAGAAGAGUAGUUUGAAGGAGGACGGGGAGAUAUUAGAGGAUGAGAGAGGGGGCGAAACCGGUCGGAGACAAAGCGGAAAUAAUGGAGUUGGGAGAGAUAGUAGUGGAAAAAAGCGCAAGAGAGAGCACAGGAAAGAUUCAUGA